AUGUAUCCAAAGGAAAAUAAAAUCAAUCGAUUUGGCUAUGGUAGAUUUACACCAAGUUGGCUACAAUUUUUCAACCACCAACACUGGUUGUUGUUUUUCAUUUGUAGUUUUAUCGUUAUUGCCGGUAUGCAAGCGACGGGAUUCACUGGUGUCAUUAUUACAUCGUUAGAGAAACGCUACGAAUUAAGAAGCACUGAAACAGCGUUUAUAGCGAGUGUUUAUGAGAUAUCAGCAGCUAUUGUUGGUACUAUCGUUAGCUUUUAUGCUUGUCAAGGCCAUAAGCCCAAAGUUUUAGCUUAUGGUGCUAUUACAAUGUCACUCGGAGCAUUUAUAUUUGCCUUGCCGCAUUUUAUUUCAGGCGAAUAUUAUUCCAAAGCUUCCAAUCAAAAUUCUGGAUUGUGUUACCGGCCUGAAUUGACUAAUAUGACAACUUCUCCUUCAGUUACUACCGAUAUCACCACUACUGACUUGUUGUGCAGCGCUAGUAGUGCUUUACGUAAUUUCAUUUAUAUUAUCUUGAUUGGACAAGUGUUAGUUGGGGCUGGUAAUAAUCUGCUAUGGAAUGUUGGCAUGGCUUGUAUGGAUGAAAAUGUUAGUCCUAAUGUCUCAUCUAUUUAUAUCGCCAUUAUGAUGGCUCUUUCAGCUCUUGGACCUGCAAUUGGUUAUCUUCUUGGUGGUGCUUUUAUGAGAAUUUAUGUCGACUGGCCUGUUCGAUCUCCAGGUCUAAUUCCUGAAGAUGCUAGAUGGGUUGGAGCAUGGUGGCUAGGAUUUAUCAUCACAGGCUUUUUACUACUUUUAAUUGCAUUACCUUUAUUAGCAUAUCCUCCUCAUUUAUCAGGCUAUGAAAAAUAUAAAGCUAUGCGCUUAGCGCGAGUUGAUGUUAAACCUACUGCUGACCACAAUUACGGCAAUAAAUUGAAGGAUUUACCUCAAGCUACCAGAGAUUUAAUAACAAAUAAGCCCUUCAUUUGGUCCGUUAUAGCUGCAACUUUAGAAAGCAUUGCUGCUAAUGGAUUUGCUACUUUCUUACCCAAAUUUAUUGAAUAUCAAUUUGCUUUAACAUCAUCUGUAUCAAGUAUAAUUACUGGCUUAAUUGUAGUGCCUGGUGCAGGUGGCGGUAUGAUAUUGGGUGGAUAUAUUGUCAAACGUUUUGGCUUUAAUGGGGCUACUAGUGCUAAAUUUAACACCGUUUUAAGUGUAGUAGGCACAAUAGCCUGCACUUUAUUUGCUCUCAGUUGUCCAACAGCUAAAUUCGCUGGUGUUAACAUAGCCUACCCACAAUUGAAUGUUAAUAACGGCGACAUUCGCUCAGUUAACGAAACAUAUUUAACAUCAUCCUGUAAUAAUCAAUGCCAUUGCGAAAAGCAAAAAUAUCAACCCGUUUGUGGUGUUAACGGUAUAACAUAUUUUUCUCCAUGUCAUGCUGGCUGUGUAGUAGUAAAUAUGUCAUUGCCAAUAUCGAACAGAAAAUAUUACAAUUGCAGUUGUAUUAUGACACCGAGCAAUUAUGGAAAUAGUACACUACCAUCUGCGAUGAAAAAUACCGCAAUAGAAGGCAUAUGCGAUCAGGAAUGUUCAAAUUUAGCGCCCUUCUUAAUUUUACUCUUUGCAAUGAUGGUACUAACCUAUAUCAAAGCGGUACCGGCAACCGAAGUUAUUUUCAGAUGUGUGCCAGAUAGUCAAAGAUCUUUUGCACUUGGCAUUGAAUGGCUUUUCUUGCGCUUACUUGGCAGUGUUCCUGGGCCAAUCAUCAUGGGUUGGAUAAUUGAUAAUUCGUGCCACGUAUGGAAAAUCGAAUGUGGUCAAAAAAGUUCCUGUUGGUUCUACGAUAACAAUUUAAUGAGAUUUUUAAUUUUAGGCGCUGGUGUUUUCUUCAAAGGGAUUGCUAGUAUAGGCUAUUUUAUGGCUUGGUACACCUAUAGCAGUAACCAAGAUAAUGUUAGUGAUGAAGAGAAUGCUAUGGGACAAGAUAAAAACUUAAGUAUCGCUACUAACGUAACUUUAAGUACAACAGCUAGCGACAACAUCUUCUCUAGUGCAGCAUCAGCAGAAUUCCGCCUAAAUUAUGGAUCACAAAAGUCUCGAGAAACAAUAAUCUAA